CGACGGUCUGGGAGAUUACAAUUCCUCAAUUGUGGAGAUGCUGAAACAAGGGUUUAGGUUAUCGAUUGGCAUCCAACAUCGCGUCUUCUUUAUUCCAUGGGUGAAGAAGAGUCACUCUGCGCCGAGAAUCUUGUGCUCAGAGCAGCGGGAACACUAUUCUUCUGGACUGGUUAAGUAUGUUCCAAAGAAGUCUCGCAAGAUUGGUGAAGAUUUGACAUCUCAGCCUUUUGUUGAUAGUUCUGAGAAAGGUAUACAUGCUGGUGGAUUGGAUCAUAAUGUAUUGGGAUCUCUACUGAAGUGUAACAGUGAAGAGGCAACAGAGCGCACAUUAUCGGGUCUGAAGGAUACACAUGUUGCUGGAAGUUACAUGAAUGUUGUGUCUGGUGAUGACUCUGAUGAAGAGUUGGAAGAAAGCAGCAACGAAGUUACAUCUAGAGGCUAUAAGUCGACCAGACAACUCAAACAAGCUUAUGAUCAAGUCAGAAUACAUAUGGAAGCUGAGCAGGCCAAGAGUAGCAAAGAUGCCUGCAAAACCACGCAAGAGGCAGAGAAUAGUGCUAUUCGCUAUCUCGGUUUAAGAGCAUAUUCAGUAGCUGAGCUGAAGAAGAAGCUUAUUGGAAAGAAAUAUCCUCUUGAAAUUGUUGAUAGCGUGAUCAAUGAUUUUCAGAUCCGAGGUUACAUCAAUGACAAAUUGUAUGCGGAGUCAUUCUCUCGAUCUAGAUGGUCUUCUUUAAGCUGGGGACCAAGGCGGAUCAAGCAAGCAUUGUUUAAGAAAGGCAUAAGUAAUGAAGACUCGGAGAUGGCCAUAAAGCUGGUUUUUGAGAAAGGCCAAUGCAAGGAAGGAGAUGAAGAAGAAGAACCAAAGCAUGGGCUGUCCAAGGAAGCAGUGGAUCAGCUUUUUGUUCAGGCAUCAAAGCGGUGGCUCCAAGGCCGAGACUUGCCUAUAGACACUCGAAAAGCUAGAGUCAUCCGGUGGCUUCAAUACAGGGGAUUCAACUGGGGUGUGGUUUCCCAGCUUCUAAAGAGGUUAGAGUGUACUCAUGAGUCGUGAUCAUAGUUUAAUAAGUCCCCAGUCACGAGUGAUGUCAAGAUCUUUCCAUGAAUUAGUGUUAAAUUCAGAGACUUCUAACUCAACAACAACCAGGUUUAAAAUGUUACAACACGAACACCUCAAAAUUUUGUAACUAUAUACACAACUGACCACACGAUUUGUUGUCGUUGU